AUGGCUAUAACAUCACCUUCUGUUAAGUCGUAUGGUAAUCCACCAAUAAAAAUCCAAGCACUAUCUUUAUAUUGAUCAUGCCAAGAUGUUUUUCUGUCAUUUAAUAGUUCUUGUUCACCAAGUUUUUGUAUAUUUUUUACAUUCCUAAAAAUAUGCACAAAAUUAUUCUUUCUCUAAAUUGAAUGAUUACAUUUUAUAAGUGAAAUACUAUAAAGAUACUUACGUUAAAGGAUUCAUUUUGUACUAAAAUAAUAUAUAGAACUAAUUAAUAUAUAUUUUCUAGUCAAAUAUUACGUUAUAUCAUAUUGUUGAUGUUGUUUAAUAAUUACUACUAACUUUAAUAAUUACUAAUAAUUACUAAAUACAUAUAAAAUUACUUUAAAUAAAUUUCAAUUUAUUUUUAUAUCGUUUGUUUAUAAUGUAAUUAUAUAUGAAAAGUUAUUGAUAUUUUUUAUAAAAGAUAUGUAUAUAUAUUAAUUUGAAAAAAAUAUGUAGUCAGAAUACGAAUGCAUAUUCAGAAACAUAACCUUAAAAAUAAUUUUCACUGGCACGAAUGGUUCGAUAUAAACAUAAAAAUAUUUAUUAAGAAGAAAAUAAUAAAAGUGUUAUUAUAUUAAUAAAAGAAAUUGACAUGACAAAAUUAAUUGAAAAACAGAAUUGUUUAAUAUAUUAACGCCUGAAUUUAUUUACUAAUUAUUAAUAUAAUAAAAAAUGACACGAAAUCAUACAAAGUCUUGUUCUAUGAUUUACAGAAAGAAUUGCAAUGAGAAUUAAAUUACAAUACCUCAAAGUUAUAUGGAAUAAAAACUAUGAAAAUCAAUGUAUUUUAAGUAAAUAUAAGUGAUUCUUAUUUCAUAAAAAGACGGAAUAUGGUUUUAACAACAAAAAUGUCACACAAAGCAAAUAGAAUUUCUUAUCACUACCACAAUGUUUUUGUUAUAUGUUUGCUAAUGUUUACAUUGUUUAUAAUUUUAAUCACAGCAUAUCAUAUAUUUAAAUUUGGAAGUACACAAAAACGCUCUGUAUAUAAUGCAAUUGUUCUCAAUGAUCUGCACUCGUUGCCUAUUCAAGUAAUAGAUGCAGAUUUUCCAAUGGCAGACACUACAAAUAUAUCUUGCACAUACUUCAGCUGUUUCAAUGUUUAUCGCUGUGGCAGUCAAGGGAAUAAACUUUUAGUAUACGUUUAUCCACCAAAAAUUUAUAUAGAUUCAUCAGAGAGACCUGUAACAAGUCAAAUAACAAAAGAAUUUUAUCAAAUUUUAAAUACCAUUAUCUCAAGUAAGUUUUAUACACCAAAUCCAUAUGAGGCAUGUAUCUUCAUUCCUUCAAUUGAUACAUUGAAUCAAAAUAGAUUAAAAUUGCAAGAAGUUUCACAAGCAUUGAAAGCUUUGUCAUUUUGGAAUAAUGGAGAGAAUCAUUUAAUAUUUAACAUGAUACCUGGAAGUGUACCUGAUUAUAAUACAGUCAUUGAUGUACCUGUUGGGAAAGCAAUGAUUGCAGGUGCAGGAAUGUCAUCAUUAACGUAUAGAUCAGGUUUUGAUAUUAGUUUACCAGUAUACAGUCCUCUUGUAAAUAAUUUUAAACCGAAUUUUAAUAAUAAAAGACCAUGGUUAGUUAUUUCAUCUCAAAUGAACAUUAAUUCUGCUUUUGAACAAGAUUUAUUAGAAGUUAAAUCUAUAUCACCAAAGGAUAUUUUAAUAUUAGGAACAUGUCUGCAUUAUAGUUCUAUGAACAGUGCAAACAGAUGUGCAGGAGAAGAAGUCUAUAAAUACCCUAAUGUGCUUCAAACAGCAACAUUUUGUCUAGUAAUUCGAGGUGCAAGGCUUGGUCAGAGUACGCUUUUAGAAUGUAUGGCAGCAGGUUCUAUACCUGUAAUCAUAGCCGAUUCUCUUAUAAUGCCUUUUCAUGCUGCUAUAUUUGUACGUGAAGUCGAUAUUUUAUCAGUAAUAUCAGUUUUAAAAAGAAUAUCUCAACAACGAAUUAUAGAACUUCAAGAACAGGGUUCAUGGCUUUAUGAAAAAUAUUUCAUGUCCAUGGAAAAAAUAACAGAAACUACAUUAGAAAUACUUGCAGAUCGUGAUAUUACAUCUCCAUUGUUUUUACCUAUUACUGUGCCAAAAACUCGAGGAUUUACUGCCGUAAUUUUAACAUACGAUAGAUUGGAAUUACUAUUUCUUUUAAUUAAUAAACUUGUUAAAGUACCAACAUCUAGAUGGCCAAAAUUGAAUAAACCAUUAAAAGUUAUACAAACAAAGGAAAAUAAACUAUCCAAUAGAUUUUAUCCUUACAACGAAAUUGAAACUGAAGCAGUUUUAUCAAUAGAUGAUGAUAUUAUUAUGUUAACUGCUGAUGAAGUAGAAUUUGCUUAUGAGGUAUGGAGAGAGUUUCCAGAUCGAAUAGUUGGUUUUCCAUCUAGAAUUCAUAUGUGGGACAAUGGAACAAACUGUUGGAAAUACGAAAGUGAAUGGACCAACAGUAUUUCUAUGGUUUUAACAGGAGCAGCAUUUCAUCAUAAAUAUUGGAAUUAUAUGUACACUACUGCUAUGCCUGGUGAUAUAAAAGAAUGGGUUGAUGAACAUAUGAACUGUGAAGAUAUAGCUAUGAAUUUUUUAGUAGCAAAUAUCACAAGAAAAGCGCCAAUAAAAGUGACACCAAAAAAAAAAUUUCGAUGUCCAGAAUGCACAAAUACUGAAAUGUUAUCAGCGGAUUUAACGCAUAUGGUAGAACGUACACAGUGUAUAAAUAGAUUCUCUUCAAUUUAUGGCUCAAUGCCAUUACAAUCAGUUGAAUUUAGAGCAGACCCAGUUUUAUUCAAAGAUAUAUUUCCCGAAAAACUUAAAAGAUUCAAUGAUAUUGGGAGUUUAUAAGUAUUUUAAAAUAAAAAGAUUUUUCCUUUUAUCGAAAAUAUAUUUAUUAUUAGGUUAAAUUUAUAUUGAUUAUUACAUAUUUACAUUGAUUAUUACAAAAAUAAAUAAAAUAAGUGAUUUAAUAUAUAGAAUGUAUGCAAUAUAUAGAAUGUAUGUAAAUAAUUUUUUAAAACAAAUGCUUUUUAGAAGUCAUGUGCAUAGAAAUCAUGUUUUCGAAUUUUUGAAAAAUGUAUUUAUUUGGGAAUCGAAAUUUUUUCAAAGGAGAAUGAUUGUUCUUAUAUUUGUAAAAACUAUUCCACUUUUUUGAUUAAUAUAUUAAUGGGAUUUAAAAUAUGUAUAAAUUAUAAGAAUUAAAAAUAUAAAUGUUAUUUAAUAGUUUAUUUCUUACUAAUUUCUGACUUUCAAUCUAGAUAUAUCUAAUUUCUGCAUAUAUAUUUUUAUACCAUUUCUAUAUUACCAUCUUAAUCUUCAUAUAAUCUUCAUUAUAAACAUUGAACAAGUGAAGUUUAUGAUAUCAAAGUACUUAUUAUAAUUUUUUGAAGUAUCAAAUAGUUAUAGAGUGAGGUCAAUUUUGUUUGAUCUAAUAUUAUAUAUUAUAUAUUAUAUAUUAUAUAUCUGAAAAAUAUUAUAUAUCUGAAAAAUAUAAAACAUUCAUUUUCAUUAUUUUUUGUUUUAUCGUCUAUUUAAAAUUAUUUAUCUUUUUAUUUAUCUUUAUAUUGUAUUUAGCGUUAUAUAUAUAUAUAUGUAAUUAUAUAUUAUUAUAUAUUGUAAAUAUAUUAUUUAAUUUACAUUUAGAGAUAUUUAUAAUAUAUAUAAUAUAUAUAAGAUAUAA